UCACUUCCGGCGGUGACAGCCUUUCCGGAAGAUGUGGAGCUCAGCUCUUCUAGGAGGAGGCAGAGAGACGUCGGCGGAAGAGGAGCUUCCAGGGGGAGAAAAAAAUAAGUGAGGUGUAACCAAACACGAUCAAGCUCCAAGGAUGGUGCGGAUUUUGGCCAAUGGAGAUAUUGUACAAGACGACGAUCCUCGAGUAAGACAGAGCACUCAGAACAGGGAGAACUCCCGACCGGCUUUUUUCAACACAAAUGCAGGUCCUGCUCCACAACAGCACUAUGAGCAGCAGCAGCAGCAGCAACGUCACCACCAUCCGGGUGCAAGGCCAGGGGAACGCUCACCGUUUUCAGAUAUCAAUCAACAGUUGGUUAACAUGGGAUUCCCCACCUGGAACCUUGGCAACCAGGUGGUAGAGCCGGUCAUGUCCAUCUUACUACUGUUCCUCCUCAUGAUGGUGGGUGUGCGUGGCCUGCUCUUGGUGGGCCUCAUCUAUGUUGUUUCCCACUUAAGCCAGCGGUGACAAGGACUUCUGUACAAGCCAUGACAGCUGCCUGGCUCAAAGAGAACCAAUUAUUCUUGAGGUGUGUGUGGGAGAGAGUGUGCAAAGAAGUGAGAAUGAGAUAAAUUGAUGAUGUGCCCCUGUUAUGCUUGUGUUUGCUCAUAUAUAUAUCCAUUCCUCCCCAAACCCUUUGUAAAUCAACCUCAUUGGGAACAGACAUGACCACUGUGAAAUGUGAGCCCAUGAGGGUACCACGUUUGCACUUUGGUUGCCUUUUGUUAUCAGUAAUAUGAGAUUUAUUUUGCUCUUUUAGGGAGAGCAAAUGCCAGGAAUAUAUACAUAUAUAUAUAUUGCUCUUUUAUUUCUGGGGCAUAGAUGAUAUGAAGAUAGGAAGGAGACUGCAGGAUUGAAAAGGACAACAGCUAGAUUUCUUUGAGAGGUAAAUAGCAAACACAGGAAUUGAAAUACAGUAGAAAGACACUUUAACCUAUGGGAUAACUAAGUGCGCGUGGGAAGAAUUCUGGAAAGGAGAUGGCAACAGAAGGCUCAAAGCAAGGAUGGAAGUGGCACAUCUGUCCAGAUUGCUUUAAAUGGGCUUGUGUUUAAGUAACAAUUUUGUAAACUGAGGAUCUUAAUUUGUGUCAAUUAUAGCUCCAGAAUCCCAUCAAAAUAAUGAAGAAGACUUAGAUUUGGUUCUUGGAACAAUCCUAGUUAUAGUUGGGGAGAUAUUGGACUUUCAGCUAAUCAGUGUUCAUGAAGAAUCCAUUUUGAGAACUGGUUCCUCUAUGUGAGGACUGUCUGUGGCCUUGGUCCUUGCAAAUGUGUGAGUGCUUGUUCCAAGGCAGCUCCUUGCCUACUUGGAUGGGGGUACCGCAGGUGUAAAACUGUUUCAUAAUAUCCCCUGGGUGUUCAAGUUUGUUGUAUUGAAGUCUUACAGUGCAAUGGACGUGUGAAAAAAAUCUUCAUUCUUCAAAAUAAAUUGAAUAAAUCCAA